AUGAAUAAUACCAGCCUCCAGCGCGAUACGCGAGCUGUGGUGAGUCUUGGUCUAGGAAAUAAUGGUCAAGGACCGAAAAACGAUACUGGUCUGCGUCCUCAAUUACAAUCUCAGCCUCUUGUAGAAGACUGGGAUACAUCGUCAUCAAACUCGAUGACUCCUAUUCUAGACUCGUCAGUAGGUAUGAUGUCUUCAGACAAUAGUAAUGGCAAUACUGAUAGAAAAGAGGUUCAAAAAAACUCGACACACAAUAAUUCUUCAGGAGGAGUUCGUAAGGAACGUAAAGAGAAAAGACCUAAAACGUCUCGAGCGUGUAUUCACUGCCAGACAGCUCAUGUUACAUGCGAUUCUGGCAGACCUUGUAAAAGAUGCAUUAAAAAAGGACUCGAGUCGAGUUGUAGAGAUGGAAACAGAAAGAGAGCAAAAUAUUUAGCAGGUGAAGACCCAACUUUAAUUCCCGAGUCGAAUGUGGGUAUCCCUAAUAUUGCUAAUGCCAGUUUGUCACCUCUCAAUCCUUUAAGUUCUAGCGACAAUCGAUUAUUACCAUCCAUACCAGACAACCUUCUUACAGGUAAUCCUGGAAAUAUGGGACCAAUGGCUGGUGUCACUGGGCAGCUAGGUAAUGGUUUGACAGGUACGAUACCACUGUCAGCCAAUGGACAAAAUAAUGGUAGUCCUCCUAUAGGUCCAGUGGGUUCAAGUCAGAAUCAAAAUAGUUUCACACCUAUUCCUCAGAGUCUUGAAGACCCGUUUCUUCAUAAUGAUAUGUCGCAGUAUUCAUUUGGUUCUAGAGCCACGAACCUUGAAUACUCAAUUCUCAGCAACAUUCUUCGUACUAAUAUAGAGUCACAGCAUCCCCAACUGGGCAAUCAAGGUAAUCAGACAACCACUAGCACUCCUGAAUCUGAUAUCUCUCUCCAGGGAACGUACUUUCCGGAGCUGAAAAUAUCGGAUUUCGAAGCUUUAGACAGCGGUUCUAACCCGCUACUGCUACCAGGCUCUCAACAACAACAGCAACAGCAACCACAUCAAAGACAAUCACUUCAAAAACAACAACAAAAACCACAACAAACACAACAGCAGGAGCUUCCAUUGCCACAACAAAAGACCGAAUUGAAUCAAUCAAACUCUGUCUUACAAACACAACUUUCAAAUGACGUUAUUCCACAUAGGUUCAAUUCACCCGAAGAAGUAUACCAAUAUGUGCGCAGUCCGUUCCCCUACACUCAGGGAUUCCAUGAAUUGAUUGCUUACUUACGUUCGAGAUUUGACAAAAGACAUCUUAUGCAUAUGGCGAGAGCAAUGGCUGCUUAUCGGCCAAGUUUUAUAGCCACUACAAAACUGCUGAAGGAGCAAGAUCUCAUAUUCAUGGAGCAGUGUUUCCAACGAACACUGAUGGAAUUUGAAAAAAUUAUAGCCUCGUCGGGAACACCCACAAUAAUCUGGCGACGAACGGGGCAGAUAGCCGCUGUAGGCAAGGAAUUUUGUAUAUUAACUGGCUGGUCGCCGGAACGAUUAGUAUCCAACACGACAUUUAUUGUCGAAUUAAUGGAUGAUAAAUCAGUUACCGACUACUUUGAUGUAUUUAGCAGGCUGGCAUUUGGCGACUCGAGAGGUGUCUCUAUGACAGAGUGUACUUUGCUAAAGCCGAACGGAGAAAAGGUGCCCACUGCCUGUACCUGGACCGUCAAGAGAGACGUGUUUGAUAUUCCCAUGAUGAUUAUUGGGAAUUUCCUACCAAUUCUCUAA